CUUGAGCUCAGGCUCCGCCCGUUUCCCGCCUCCAGGGCUUGGUUCGUGUCCGCCCCAGCCCGCCCCUCUUCUUGGCGCCCCUGCUGCUUGCGCUGAAGGCGGUGGCUCCAUGUUGUCCCCUCAGCGAGCGGUAGCGGCUGCUUCGAGAGGAGCAGGUGAUGCCAUGGAGAACGGCAAACCUGGACCAGUGCAGGUUGUUUUGGUUCACAAAGAGCAACAUUCCUUCGAGCUAGAAGAGAAAGCUUUGGCCAGCAUCCUCCUGCAGGACCACAUCCGCGAUCUCGAUGUGGUCGUGGUGUCAGUGGCUGGCGCCUUCCGAAAGGGCAAGUCCUUUAUUCUGGACUUCAUGCUGCGAUACUUAUAUUCUCAGAAAGAAGGUGGUCAUUCCAAUUGGUUGGGUGACGCAGAAGAGCCGCUGACCGGCUUUUCCUGGCGCGGGGGCUCGGACCCGGAGACCACGGGGAUCCAGAUCUGGAGUGAGGUGUUCACUGUGGAGAAGCCGGGCGGGAAGAAGGUGGCAGUCGUCCUGAUGGACACCCAGGGAGCGUUUGACAGCCAGUCGACUGUGAAGGACUGUGCCACCAUCUUUGCUCUGAGUACCAUGACCAGCUCGGUCCAGAUCUACAAUUUGUCCCAGAACAUUCAGGAAGAUGACCUCCAGCAGCUGCAGCUCUUCACGGAGUACGGCCGCCUGGCAAUGGAUGAAAUUUUCCAGAAACCCUUCCAGACCCUGAUGUUUCUGGUCCGGGACUGGAGCUUCCCUUACGAGUACAGCUACGGCCUGCAAGGGGGCAUGGCGUUCCUGGACAAGCGUUUGCAGGUGAGGGAACAGCAACACGAGGAGAUCCAGAGUGUCCGGAACCACAUCCACUCGUGCUUCUCUGAUGUCACCUGCUUCCUCCUGCCGCAUCCGGGGCUCCAGGUGGCCACAAGCCCCGACUUCGAUGGGAAACUGAAAGACAUUGCUGGUGAAUUUAAGGAGCAGUUACAGAUCCUGAUCCCGUAUGUGUUAAAUCCCUCCAAGUUAAUGGAAAAGGAGAUCAACGGCUCAAAAGUGACCUGUCGGGGACUGUUGGAGUACUUUAAGGCAUAUAUCAAAAUUUACCAAGGGGAAGAUCUGCCUCACCCCAAAUCCAUGCUUCAGGCCACUGCCGAAGCCAACAAUUUAGCAGCGGCAGCCUCUGCCAAGGAUGUCUAUUACAACAGGAUGGAAGAGGUUUGUGGGGGAGAGAAGCCGUACUUGUCCCCAGACACCCUGGAGGAGAAGCAUUGUGAAUUCAAACAGCUGGCUCUGGAUCAUUUCAAGAAGACCAAGAAGAUGGGCGGGAAGGACUUCAGCCUGCGCUACCAGCAGGAGCUGGAGGACGAGAUCGGCGAGUUGUACGGCAACUUCUGCAAGCACAACAGCAGCAAGAACGUCUUCAGCACGUUCCGCACGCCCGCCGUGCUCUUCGCGGCCAUCGUGGCGCUCUACCUCGCCUCGGGCCUCAGCGGCUUCGUGGGCCUCGAGGUCGUGGCCCAGCUCUUCAACUGCAUGGUGGGGCUGCUGCUCAUCGCGCUGCUCACCUGGGGCUACGUCCGCUACUCGGGCCAGUACCGCGAGCUGGGCGGGGCCAUCGACGUGGGCGCCGCCUACGUGCUGGAGCAGGUGAGCGGGCAGGCGUCUUCUCACAUCGGAAAUUCCACUCAGGCCGCGGUGAGGGAGGCCGUGGUCGGGAGGCCGCCUGGGGAGAAGAAAGCCCAGUAGCGUCGUGAGACCUGAACACCCGGCGACGACCGGCCAGCAGCACCAGCGGGCCGUCGGAGGAGCUCCACCCCGGGGCCGGGGGCGAGCUGUGUGCCUCGGUGCUGGAAUAAACACCCGGCUUCUGCGCG